GGAGCUUAUCAUCACCAUCAGACGCUGUGACUGUGAUCUCCAGUUAGUGCCACAACACAUCAUGGCUACAGCAAGUGCCAGCGAGGAGGUUGGGGCUGAUGGUCUGGCUCAGAUGUCAAUAGAGGACUUCCUGAAGCAGGAGGUGCCACAGCCCGUGCCGGGGGGAGGCUACACCUUCCUGGGUUGCCCGGCCCUGCCCUACACAUACCGAGCUUACAGGGGCCUGGGUGGCCCUAACUGCAGGCAGCGUAGAGGAGGAGGAGGCGGCCGUGGGCAGGGUACAAGAGGUGGCAGGGGGGGCGCGUCAUCCAAGAGAGCGAAGGGCGGGAUCAAGCCAGGGGUGAUAAUGACCCACGACCAUCCCAGAGUACGACCUAAGUCAUACACGACCCCCCAGUCACGACACCUAGUGUCUGUCCUGGCAACUGGCAGUAACGAGGCUCCAGCGGUAAAGGAGAGGUCAGGUGGGGUGGAAGACGAAUUAGAAGCAGUUUUGACCAAAGCUCAUUUCUCCUACGAGGUCACCUUCGUCCUCAAUCAACCUCUCUCGGUCAAGGCAGGUCAGAGGUGCCACUUCCUCCCCGUACGUAACCUGAGUGACGUGCGCCGCGACACCAUCCUCAAGCUGCUGGUGGGGUUACUCAACACAGGGGCAAGGAGUCAUCUACCUGGGGGUGGAGGAGAACGGCAGGGUGGCGGGGAUCACUUGUGAGACGCCCUUCAUCACCGCCUUUGUUGAGGGCCUUAUGAACGCUGUCCGGUACUACACCAUGCCCCGCCUCCACGCCCCCCAGUAUGGUGUGCGCUUCAACAAUGUUAUCACCACCACCGGCCAGAUCCUCAACAACAUGUGGGUGGUGGAGCUUUACGCCAUCCCUCAUAUGGAGCACUACUACAACCCCGUCAAUGAUAUGAACUACUACAUCAGACACGACAUACACACCAAGGCCUCCUUCACCGACUUCUGCGAGGCCGUGGUGACCAGGGCCAGUAAGCCUUACGAGAAGGAGGUGAGCCACCCUGGAGAAGGGGUGAAGCUCCUGAAGCAGGUGCUGGAGGAAAGGGUGUGGACGUAUCCUCUGUGGGGCCUCACGUGUGUCACAAGUGUUGGUUCACUGACUGUCCUGGUCAGUGUUUCGACAGUCCUGUUGUUUUCGUCUCCAGGAAGUGACCACCACCCACCUGCUGACACCAUCCUCCAGCUGACACCACCCUCCUGCUGACACCAUUCUCCUGCUGACACCACCCACCUACUGACACCACCCACCUGCUGACACCACCCACCUGCUG